AUGUCUGCACGCAAACCAGCAGCUCGCACAUCUGCUCGUCGCCAAGGCCGUCCACGCGUUGAGCUCACAGAAGAUCAGCGUCUUGAAAUCAAGGAAGCAUUCGACAUUUUCGACUCAGACAAGUCUGGAUCUAUCGAUAAACAUGAACUUCGUGUUGCUAUGCGCGCUAUGGGAUUUGAUGUUUCAAAGAACGAAAUCCUCGAAAUUAUGGAAAAUAAGGAUCCAGAUAACACCGGAUCCAUCAACUUCCAAGCAUUCCAGGAAGUUGUUGGAGAUAAAAUGGCACAGCGCGAUCCAAUUGAGGAAAUCAGAAAGGCAUUCGCUCUCUUCGAUGAUGAUCAUACAGGAAAGAUUAGCAUAAAGAACCUUAGACGUGUUGCUCGCGAAUUAGGCGAAGCAAUGACAGAUGACGAGCUCCAGGCUAUGAUUGAUGAGUUCGAUACCGACAAGGAUGGAUAUAUUAGUGAGGCCGAGUUCAUCGCUAUCAUGGAUCCAACCCAAUCCGUUUAA